AAGGACUGUGUGGGAUAAUUCACAGAAGAAUUUGCUCUUCCCCCUCUUGGCUUUCUCUGGAGUUGGACACAAACUGGAAUAUAUUUCAGUAAGCGUGGGGAGUUGUACGUCAGUGAGAGAAACUAGAGCUUUUUUCAGAUACUGUUGAGGCUUAGCCUCAUCAGGUUACAACAGCAGCAGUCAGACCUGCACUCGUCUCCUUGGGCUAGGAUUGAAGAGGCAGAGAAGGGCAGAGGUGUGCUGGAUGGCAGCCACAGCCAGGCCUCAUGGCAGGAGGUGCCCGUAACACACAGAACUCUAAUCACAUCCUCUAGGAGCCACAGAGGUGAUACAGUUCAUGUGGAUACACUGAAAAGGUCGUGUGCCCAUGAGGUCGUCCAUGCUGGUCCUGUUCCUCUUCUUAAGUGCCCAGGCUGUGGCCGCAACCAGAGGGGACUUGUACACCACCACCACAGCGGCACAGGAAAACACUCCAAGUGACAACCCCGACUCUGUCCCGGUUGUCGAUCCCAAACUGUUCACCAAGCGCCACUACCUCUCACCCAGAGUGCUUUUCAGCUCUCAGCCCCCUGAUGCAGAGCCAUCGGGGUCACAGGGUGCUAGCAGAAGGACCCGAAGGCAGGCAGGGCAGCCUCAACACCGCGGGAUGUACUCAGUAUGUGAGAGUAUUAGUGUCUGGGUGGUCAACAAGACCAAAGCCACGGACACCUUAGGCAGAGAGGUGACAGUCCUCCCAGACGUGAAAAUCAACAAUGUCAAGAUGAAGCAGUACUUCUUCGAGACAACAUGUCAUAGCCCUCGAUCAGGCAGCUCAGGCUGUUUAGGAAUUGAUGCGAGACACUGGAACUCCUACUGUACUAAUUCACACACUUUUGUGCGAGCGCUGACUUCAUUCCAGAACCUGGUGGCGUGGAGGCACAUACGCAUUAACGUGGCCUGUGUGUGCGUGCUCAGCCGCAAGUCCUGGCGGCAAUGAAGACUUACGACACGUGCACACAGGUUCACAAACCCAAAUGCAGUACAUACAUAGACAAGCUAACAGGCAGGCAGAAGUGACUUUUUUCACAUAAUUUAUCACCAAAAACUUCUCAACCUCUGCACAAAGUAAAUUAUUAGUAUAUGUCAAAGUAUCAAGACUGCAUGUAUACACACCAGACCUGGGUCAAAGAGUAUCUGCAGCUGGUUUUGUGUUUUGUUUUUUGGUUGUUUGUUUUGUUUUUUUGUUUUUUUACCUGUUUGAAGUACCACGCUACAGGGGCUGUAGCUGUGCCGGUAUCUAUUUUAGCUGUGGUUUAUAUCAGACUCAGCUUAUGGAAAUUCAAUACGCAGCUAUGUGCUCAGUUUGACAAGUGUUUGUGCUCUGGAUUUAUCAUAACUUUUAAGCAUUACACUGAAAAAUGUUCUAAAAUACAGACAGGAAAUAUUUUUUAUACAUAUACACAUAUCGCAUACAUUCAUGGGUCAUGUUUGCUAUACUAAAUGCACAAAAUGCUAUUGAUGAUCUGAAGCUAAACCUACCCAAGUAGUUUUGUUGGCAAACCAUAGCAAAACCUAGCACAACUGUUUCCUCUGUGGCUCAUUGCAACCAUUUCCUCUCUGUUUUCAGCAUUGCUGUAUGUGAUGUUUCAAGCACAAACAUGUGCAUCUUUUAAAUGCCAAAGGCUUGGAAUUAAUUUGGUGGUGUAAAAAUUCUCCAAAUUAUAAAAUUAUAUUCUAUUAUACACUUAUUGUAUUUGGUGUAUCCAACCAGUAAUAUAAAAGUGGCAACGCCAUGCUCCAAAUGAGUGAAUUUAAUGAAUUUUUGUAGCAUCAUUUUCCAGCGUUGCAUAGUCCCGAAAAAGUCACCUCAUAAGUGCAUAAAUUUUCCAAAGGAGAAAAUAGCGAGAGAGACAGGUCUGAUGUGCAUACUACCUGACUAUACACCUAAAUAGUCCACAAAAAUAAACUAAACAUGGAAACAAACUAAUUAAAACAUUAGGAAAAAGUAGUAGCUUAGUGUAAUAAAACAUGGCCUCAAUAGCAUUUCCCCCCCUCUUACUCUAUGGAAACUUUUUAGCUCCAUACAUUUACAAAGGUAAAUAGGAGGCGUAAUAAAUAUUUAUCAUCCAGGAGCAACAAUCAAAUGCCAGGAUGCCAUAAUGACAGGGAAUGGAAACAAAGACCAAACCAAACUGCAGACGGAAGGUAAAUUUGCUGAUGCAGUGCAAUUUAAAUGGAGAACAUUCUAUAGUGUAUAAAAAAGCAUGUAAGAUUAAUUCUGUUCCAUCGCAUUAAGGCAGAGCAUACAGGUACAAGUGGAUGAUCUUUUGCUUUUAUACUUUACUUUCAAAUUAUCACUUAUACCACAUCUACAAAUACAGACCCAAAAUGCAGCAGAACCACAGCUAAAUGGCACCUUUACAUGAUGAAUGAUGAUUAUGAGAUCUGCUCCAAACAUCCAUAUGUCAUUCAGACUCUGAAAAUGGUAAUUAAGGAAACCAGUUUCAGCUGUCUGACUUUUCUUGAUUACUAACUGCUCAACAAAGAAUUUAGAAAUACCUCUGAAACAAUAUGCAGUGUGUGUCUGAUCAUUUGUAGUCUAGUAUCGCUUUUGAUAAAUACAAAUAUUGCUUAUAUAAUUCUUUUAUUUUGAUGCAGAUAUAAUUGCUAUCUUAGUGCUUAAGGCCUGAACUGAACUUGUGUUGCUGCAGUAGUUUAUAUAUAGCUGUUAUGAAUGGAUCUCCCAACCCAAACUCCUCUAAUGUAACUGCGCUAUGACAUUAGUUUGACACUUGAAGAUAUUAAAGACAGAAAUAUGUCCUUUACUUAUAUGCUGAUUUUUUAUUAUGUUGGACAGCUAUUCGGUACUUGCAGAAGGUUUCAUUCACUGUUGUUUAGUUAAUGCCUGCUGGACAUGGUAAGGGGGUUUAGACUAAAUCACAGGAACAUUUUAAAGCUGCAGCUUUUACAGACACAGACCUUGGGUUUAAUGUGAUGUGACUUGGUUCCAGAAAGCACAGGCUUAAACCUGUCUUAACCUUAAACUGUAGCUCAGCUUAUGACAGAGCAGCAGCCUCCAGGACUUUUGGCACAACAACACAGUCAAGCUUCUUUUCUGCCAGUCAUUAUACUGUCAUGCAGCCCACUUACUGAAGAAGACUAAAUCAAUCCACAACUUUGCAAAUACAAUUUGACCCAGGCCUGA